AUGGAGUGGAUCAGAGGCCGGACCAUCGGCCGUGGCUCCUCCGCCGCGGUCUCCGUCGCUACUGAUAUUCGGUUUGGUCAAGUGAUGGCGGUUAAGUCAGUUGAGUUCUCUCACUUGGAUUUUCUCAAGAGGGAACAGAGGAUUCUUUCUCAAUUGAAUUGUUCACGUGUUAUUGGUUAUAAGGGGUUUGAUGUUACGUUGGAAAAUGGGAAUUUGAUGUGUAAUCUUUUGAUGGAGUUUGCGCCUGGUGGGUCGAUUUUGGAUGCGAUGGAGAAGGCGGGUGGCCGAUUAGAUGAAGCGACGGCUCAAUUUUAUACUCGUGAGGUUUUAAGUGGGCUUCAGUAUGUUCAUUCUAAUGGUGUGGUACAUUGUGAUAUUAAGUGUUGUAAUAUUUUGAUGGGUGAAGAUGGGAUCAAGAUUGCGGAUUUCGGUUGUGCACGGCGGGUGGAAGAGGUUUCCGGUGGAAAUUUGGCUGGGACGCCGAUAUUCAUGGCGCCUGAGGUGGCGCGUGGAGAAAAACAGGGGUUUGCAGCUGAUGUUUGGUCAGUGGGUUGCGCAGUGAUCCAGAUGGUGACCGGCCGAGUUCCUUGGGCGAAUUUGUCGGAUCCGUUGGCUGCCAUUUACAGAAUUGGGUCUGGCGAUGAUUUGCCGGAGAUUCCAAGGAUCAUGUCGGAACAGGGAAAGGACUUUUUGCGGCGGUGUUUGAUCAGAGACCCGGAAGAACGGUGGUCAGUUAACGAGCUUUUGAAGCACCCUUUUGUUCAAGAGCAGAAAUCUCAUCCCAAACAGAAUUCAAGAACUCCAACGAGUAUUUUGGAUCAAGGAAUAUGGGACACGGUGAACGAUCCGGAAACGGUUGAAAGUCCGAUCAGACCAAAAAUUCAAAGAACACCAUUGCAGAGGAUACAACAACUGAACGAAGUGUCAACGAUUGGAAUACCCAAUUGGGAGUGCGACGAAGAUUGGAUAACAGUGAGAAGCAUUGGCUUAGAAGAAAACGAUAUUGUUUCUGUAAUGGAAACGCCCUCUUCCUUUCAAUCCAUCAAAAUGGAAACUAACAACGGAGUUGGUGAUCAGGACUAUAUUAAUGUUAGUAGAAGUAGAAGUAGUGACUAUGGUAGCAGAAAAAGCAGUAAGGCUAAGAACAGAGACUUUCCUGCUAUGUCCUCUGUUUUCAACCAAAUUAUGUGA